UAAAAACAUAACCUCAAAUAUUUAAAGUCGCCAAAUCUGAUUAUUUUGUUUCUAAACAAUCACGCAAAAUAAGAAGAAGAAGAACAAACACUCAGAUCAGAAGCUCGAAUUCGACAUAUUAUUCGCAGUAACGUUGAUAAAACAUGUUGCCUUUAUCGCUUUUGCGGACUGCACAAAACCACCCGAUGUUGGUGGAGCUAAAAAACGGGGAAACAUACAACGGUCAUCUAGUGAGCUGCGAUAACUGGAUGAACAUCAACUUAAGAGAAGUGAUCUGCACAUCCCGAGACGGUGACAAGUUCUGGAGAAUGCCCGAGUGUUACAUACGCGGCAGCACUAUCAAAUACUUGAGGAUACCCGACGAAGUCAUUGAUAUGGUAAAGGAAGAGACUCAGAUUAAAGCCAGGGGACGUAGUGAAGUCAACAAAGGUCGCGGUGGUGGCCAGAAUAUGAGGACGGGCCGGGGCGGUGGUAGAGGCGCGUUCGGAAACCGCGGCAGACCCGCACCUCUAGCUCGAGGAGGCGGGAAUGUCGGAAGAAAUCCGCCGUACAAAAAUAAAAAAUGAAUUAAUGCUAGAUCUCUUUGGUGUAUAAAUAAAUUAAAGUUUUCGUAAGUACCUACGUUUAAG